AUGUCAGAUAAUUUAGGAAACUUGGAUAAAUUGCCAAACGGCUGGGUAGCACAGUGGGAUGAGGAGUACAAGAGGUACUACUACGUCAACAAAGCUACUGGAAAAUCGCAAUGGGAAUUCCCCACUGAAGAAGAAACAAACUAUUCAGACAACGAAAGGCAUGAUGCAGAGCAGAAAUCUUACCAACGUCCAGAGGCCGGCCCUAGCGAGGGCACACGGGGUUUUGGAAUUGGGCAAGGUGAGCAAAGUGAACAGGGUGAACAGGGUGAACAAAGUGAGCGUGGAAUUGGAUCAUUUGUUAUGAACCAAGCCAUGAGUUCAAUGUCAGGGUCCAAACAUAAUAACUAUCAAGGCAGCAGCAAUUCUGGUCUCAAUUCUGCCGGGUUGGGUGCUGCUGUUUCUAUGGUUGGUAGCUAUUUAGCCUCACACUCCAGCGGUCAAAAUAAACCCGCUGGAAAUAACUCUUCAGGUGGCCUAGGAGGCAUGAUCAGCUCUUUUUUGGGCAAUGGCAACUCCCAAAAUAAUUCUGGAAAUUACCAAGGAAACAGUGGCUACAACUCCAACAAUUACGGAGGCAACUAUAAUAACAGCAACAGCUACAACGGUGGCAAUAGUAAUAGCGGUAACCCUUAUGGAGGUCAAUCCCAACAAGGAGGUGGAUUGACAGGAAUGAUUGGUAACCUUAUUGGGGGUGGAAGCAGCUCGAAUCAAGGUUCUUAUUCGCGCCCAGAACAGAGCUACAACAAUUCCAACCAAAACCAGAGACCUCAAGAAGGCUUUGGGUAUCUGGGAAGUAAUAGCGGGUCAGGAAGGUACGAUGAAUCAAACAGAUUUGGUGGUGAAUUUGGAAUGCCAGGUGGGGAACAAGGUCAUCACGGACACCAUGGCCGACACCUGGAGGGCAGGUUUGGAGAAGAUCAACCUGGAUACGGCCCAAACCGUAAUGAAGGCAGAAACCGUUACGAUCCAUCAUCUUCUAAUGAUAACUACGGUGGGGGAGCUUUUGGUUACAAUACUGGAAACAACCGCUAUUAA